AUGAACGAUCAAGAAUUGGAACCCCCAGAAAAAGUGCUCAACUUAUUAACUGACCGGAUAAUAAAUCUGAAUGGACUGACAUUCCGUAAAUUAAUCCGCAAUGGAUAUAGACAUAUUAGUGAUUUAUCGAAUUACUCAGAAAUAUCUGAAUAUAUCGAUUAUG